AAUGAGUUAUCCCCUCUCGUACCUGGAAGACAAAACGCCAGGCUCAGUUGACGUGUGGAUGAGUGGCUUACCUGACAAGUAUCUCUGCAGACCCGAAACACCAGAGUUUGAGGCAAUGUGCUUGGCCGAUUUCGCUGCCACCUGUAGAAUUCUCUACGGCAAACAAGCAAGAGGUAAAAAUGCUAUUCCCUUGCUCAAUCAGAUGGGAUUUGUCCAAAAGAGAACCAACGAGAAACCUGCCGUCAUUAAAUAUCAUAUCGUCUCAGAGGAAAAGUUUCCUGAGCAGUUUCACCGCACGUUACUUAAGCUUUACCUCCCUCAUCGCUCAGAGGGCCAGCUAAAAUCUGUUCACUUCCCCACCUACAAGUCCUUCCAUGAGUGUGCCUGUGUUCAACCACCAGAUUUAGAUCACCUUGUGCGUGUUGCUCACAUUGUGAAACUAAACAGAGACAAAUAUGAGAAACACCGGGAAGAUAUUGAAAGUGCCAUCAGUGAGUAUGAACAAAACGGCGUCAUAAGAAACAAGUGGUGCAAUCUGGCUCCUGAGAGUGAAUUAGAAAGGUUAGAGUGCAUCAGUGAACUUGACGCAAGACAAAAUGACGAUGAUAACGUACAAGAGAAGAGACUUAAAUAUGGGCUCAGACGCACAUCCAGACGUUGCAAUCAUGAGAGAGGCCCCUGAGAUUGAUCCCACACUGUUACGCCAGAUGUAUCAGAACUUGAACCAAAAGCAAGCGUCUGUAUUCCACAUCGUCCGAGACUGGUGCUUAAAACGUGUCUGUGGCUUAAACUCAGAUCAGUUCUUCUUGUACAUUAAUGGUGGUGCGGAACAGGCAAGUCUCACCUAAUCAAAUGCAUCCACGCAGAGGCAUCUAAAAUACUGAGCAGACUUCCGCGAAAUGCAGACGAAGCAGACAUAUCAAAACCUACCGUUCUGUUAACCGCCUUUACUGGGACCGCAGCGUUCAACAUAUCAGGUACAACACUGCAUUGUCUCCUAAAGCUACCGAGAAGCCUAAAGCCUCCGUUCCAAGGUCUUGGCAAUAAACUAGAUGAAGUCAGGGCAGAGCUUUCAAAUGCAGAAAUACUAAUCAUUGAUGAAAUAUCCAUGGUCUCAAAGUCGCUCUUUGCCUAUGUUGAUGCGAGAUUGAAACAAAUCAAAGGAAGUUCCAAACCUUUCGGAGGAAUGUCUGUUCUCACUGUCGGAGAUUUCUAUCAGCUCCCGCCAGUCAGACAGCCUAAACCUCUGUGUGUCUACGACCUGAUGCAGAUCGAUCUCUGGCGUGACAAUUUUCAGAUGAUCACACUGACAGAAAUUAUGCGUCAGAAAGAUGACGUCCCCUUUGCUGAGAUGCUGAACAGAAUCCGUGUCAAAGAAAAGUCAGAGCCGUUGUCAGACGAAGACAGAGUAUUACUCUCGCGAGCUAUCACUGACCCUGAACAGUGUCCAAAAGACAUACUGCAUGUUUAUGCUACAAAUAAGCAGGUUGAUGUGCACAACUCUGAAUCGUUGGCCUGUUUUCACACUGACAUUGUAACGAUUGAUGCAGACGACUAUAAAAAAGAUGUCCAAACUGGUAAAAUGGCGAGACAAGCUGCACCUUCCAAAGGCACCAAAAAAGAGUUACCCGACUCAAUAAAAGUAGCCAUAGGUGCUCGUGUCAUGAUCACCAGAAACAUCGACGUGCAAUCAGGACUGUGCAAUGGAACUUUUGGAAAAAUUGGAAAAAUUGUGACCAGCGAAAGUGUCGCGCACGUCAAAACACUUGGUCUUGAACUUGAAAAUGUGCAAAACAGACACAGAGCAGCUAAUAAUAUUGUGUACAUAGACAGAGAGGAAGAAAAUCUGAAACAAAAGGGAGUGGUGCGCAGACAGUUUCCCAUAAAGCUAGCCUUUGCUGUAACUUCACACAAAACUCAAGGAAUGACUAUUUCCUCAGCAGCAGUAUCGCUAAAAUAUGUCUUUGAACACGGCAUGGCCUAUGUAGCUCUCAGUAGAGUGACCUCUCUCAGCGGACUGUAUGUACUUGAUAUGGAUGAAGACAAAAUAUAUGCCAACCCUGAAAUUAACGCUGCUCUUGGUGACAUGACAGAAGCUUCAGUAGAACAUAUAAUGCCUCUUCUUCAUGUCACAGCGACAUUAAACAGGCCAGACGCGUUUACUGUGGUCCAUCACAACGCAAAGGGACUGCCAUGUCAUAUUAAUGAUAUCAAAAGUCACCAUGAACUUCACCUGGCAGACGUCUUAUGUCUGACUGAAACUCACCUGCGAGGCUCCUUUGUUUCAGAAAGUCUCCAUUUAGAAGGCUACGGCUUGUUUAAACGGAAUAGAAAUGUUUCGUACACAAACUACCCUGACAUGGCCAGCAAAGACGGCGGUGGCGUUGCAAUCUAUGUGAAAAACCAUAUCAGAGUCCGUGAAAAAAGGUACAUCCAAAACGCGACUGAUAUCGAGUUUACCGUUGUCAAGCUCGAAGAACCAGUCAAUGCGCUGAUUGCAGUUGUGUACAGGCCUCCAGGCUACAGUGUCUGCUCAUUCUUAUCAAACCUAAAAGGUCUCUUGGAGUCACUUGAAAUCAUGGAUCAACAUCCCAUACUAGUCUGUGGAGAUUUCAAUGAAGAUUUGUUGUCCCGUGCGCGCAAGCCGAUACUUGAACUGUUUGAGUCUAAAGGUUACCAGCAACUCAUAACCGCUGCAACCACAGAAAAGAAUACUCUGUUGGACCACAUUUUCAUCUCUCGUCCACAGUGCUGUCUCCACUCGGGCGUGCUGCAAACUUACUACAGUUACCACAAUCCCGUGUACUGCAUCCUAACCACUGAAACGUCGUAAAUAUAACUCACAAGUGUGAUCCUCGUAAACUUUGAAACAGAACAGAAUAUUACUAAAUCAUUGCGUUAAUGACAGAAAGCUGAGAUUGUGUGAAUUAAUAGAUGUUUGGUUUUGUAGUUAUCAUUUUGUUGUUUUCUAAUGUGUUAAUUAAACAUUUUUACACAAAUCUAUAAUAAUAAUAAUAAUAAUAAUCAUGAUGCUGAUGAUGAUAUCAUCAUCAGCAUCAUCAUCAUCAUGAUAAUAGUAGUGAAAGUAGGGGGGUCGUCCUCAGCAGUCAGGUUAUAAAACCUGCACUGACUGCCCAUGCCUUUUAGUGGCUGGGAGGGAGGGAGGGAUGGAGGGACGAUCUCCCAAAAUAGAAAAAGGAACAAAUGAGAAAAAGAGAGAGUUUCACAGUGAAGGUUAAAUAGACAAAACAAUAUUGUGAAAUUGCAAUUUACUAGAUCAUGACAAACGUCUUACAUUGCGCUAUUGAAUAGCUUGUAGGUCAUAUUUACCCAAGGGAAACACUUACAACACCUGCCCUGUCUCCUGCAGCCUUUCAGAGGCUGAGAGCAAGGGAGGGAUGAAGGGACCAUGUCACUGAAACAGAAAACAAAAUAAAUACAAAUUUUAAUUUAAACAAACAAAUAAUGAUAAAUAAUAAUAAUAUAAAUAAUAAUAUAAAAUAAAUGAAUUAACUAAUAAAGAAAUACAAAGAAACAUAAAAACAAUAGAAUUAUGCAAAUCCCAUGCCAACCACCGAACUGCACCCCAGGUCAUGGUGAGUGAAAGGUAGAAGGUAAAAGAACAAUCACACCCUUAACAACUACUUAACUUUUUCCUGUGUAACCAGUAGGUUUUUUACAGAUAACAGACUGCUUUGAAGGACAGUGCAUGAGGAGAUGGAGUCCAGCAACCCGUCACUGCUGUCCUCACUGCUAACCUAAAGCAUCCAUGUACCUGGGAGUGGGAGUCAGCUCACCAAGAGGCCACUGCUUCACCAUUAAAUGACCUGGACCUCGUGUGAAACAAACAUGUUCCAGAGAUGAAGAGAAAGAACGCCAGUAACACACCACUCCUCACAUGUAUGAUGUGUGUCUCUGUUUUAUUGUGUAUUAGUGGAGUGCUAUGACGAGAUGUGAAGUUGGGCACACGUCAGUGAAGCAACAAGAUAUAUCAGCAGUCAUCUUGAGCUGGAGUCAAACAUAUUAAAUCAAGGAGGACUCCAGCAACACUUGACUGUGCUCUGCACAGCUAAGCCACACUGAGAGGCUACAAUGAACACACCUGACAACUGUCUGGACCUGUACCUGAACCAAAGCCACAUGGACCGAGGGACAGGAACAGGCAGUGCAGCUAAGUGUCUUUAGGUUAUGACCAAAUGUGAAGUUGGAAACAC